GCGUUACUACCUGACCGCGCGCCUUUAAGGCGAAGCCACGUGACCUCGCCGGCGCCACGUCACGCGCGGAAAUGGGCUCUUUGCAAUGUUUGGAUGGUUGUUAUCAAUGAAACUCAUAUUUAUUGUUUUAUUUUCAGCUGCUACGUUAACGCCAGCUGAACCUGACAUGUCUCACCUGGCGACAGUGGGAGCGAUGAAACCAUAGCAACCGCCGCUGAGCGUACGAUGUGAAUUUGUUGUGAAACAGGUAAAUAAUAAUAUCCCUGCAGCUGCAGUUUGACGCAGCGUUGAUCCAUGGUGCUGCUCGCUUUUAAAGUCAUAUUUUAUACAUGAUUUUACAAAAAGGGUGUUUGGUACAAGAGAGACCAUGAUGGUCUUUGGAGCAAGAGCAGUCCUCCUCAACCUGAGGUACACUCUCCACAAAGCAGGUUCUUCCACCAGGACCAGGCUCAUCCAGACCUCCAGGACGUAUUUAGUUAAAAGAGGGCAGAUCCUAACCCAGAUACCCAAGGUGACACUGCUAUGUUUGGGUGCAGUCAGUGCAUCGUCCUGUGCAGCCGGAUGCCAGGAGGCGAUCCUCCCAUCCAAAACCGCUGACAGGAAAUCUCUAGCCAAGGUCCAAGUGCACAAAGUUGUGUUUUUCCUCCGCCUGACCCUGCGAGCAUUGGUUCUGCUCCUCAAGUUUGGCCCCCUUCUCCUCCUCUCCCCUUUGACUCUGGUGUCCGAUCGCUUGGGGUCUUGCUGGCUGGAAGCUCUCCUGUGGGUGACUGAAACAUCCGGUCCCACUUUCAUCAAGUUGGGUCAGUGGGCCAGCACCAGGCGGGACGUCUUCUCUCAGGAGUUCUGUGAACGCUUCUCCAGGCUCCACGUAAGAGUACGCCCUCAUUCCUGGACCCACACCAAGCAGUGUCUCCGGAGGGCUUUUGGGGACGGCUGGAGGAGGGUUUUAGAGUUUGAGAGCAAAGAGCCGGUGGGCUCGGGAUGUGUGGCGCAAGUGUACAGAGGCUGGGCAAAGGUGGACCAGGUGGACGAUCCGGUCUUUCGGUCGCUGAUGGAGGAGAUGGAGAAGGAAGACUUGCGGGAAGCCUGGGAGAUCCCUGGUUUGAGAGGGGUGGUCAGCUCCGUGUGGCAGCUCUGGAGGGGGAGGAAGGAGGAGGAGGAGGCCUACGAGGAGAGGAGUCACCCAGUGGUGCAGCAUGAAGAGGGUGGUGAAGAGAAGGGCCGUGUGAUACCUGUGGCUAUAAAGGUGAUCCAUCCAGGCGUCAGGAGGCAGGUGGAAAUGGACUUACUGUUGAUGAAAGCAGGGAGUUGGCUCCUGCACUGCCUGCCCGGACUCAAGUGGCUCAGUCUGUGUGAGAUAGUAGAGGAGUUUGAGAAGCUCAUGACCAAACAGAUCGAUCUCCGCUUUGAGGCCAAGAACAUGGAGCGUUUCCGGGAGAAUUUCCGCGACAUGGAUUACGUCAGGUUCCCAACUCCGUUACGACCGUUUGUCACCAGAAACAUUUUAGUGGAAACUUUUGAAGAGAGCGAGCCCAUAUCCAACUACCUGAGCUCUGACAUUCCUCAGGAGGUGAAGCAGAGAAUAGCCAAGAUUGGAGUAGACACCAUGCUGAAGAUGGUUUUUGUGGACAACUUUGUCCAUGCCGAUCUCCAUCCCGGGAACAUUCUGGUCCAGUGCUGCGGGCCUCUUCCCGGUUCCAGUGACAGCGCCGGUAUCUCAGGGGAGGCCCAUGGUAAAACCACCCUCACUGACUUGUGGGACACGGUGGUGGUCAGCAUCAGGCCAGAACCGUGUCCUCUCCAGUUGGUGCUGCUGGAUGCCGGCAUCGUAGCCCAGCUCAGCGACUACGAUCUUGCCAACUUGAAGGCGGUCUUCACGGCUGUGGUGCUGCGUAAGGGCGAGCGGGUGGCAGAGCUGAUCCUGCAUCACGCUCGGUCCAACGAGUGCAAGGACGUGCCACAGUUUAAGAAGGAGAUGUCUCAGCUGGUGGACCAUUCCCUCAGCAACACCCUCUCCCUCGGAAAGAUCCAAGUGGGUGACUUGCUCUCCAAAGUCUUUGGUCUCCUCAUCAAACACAAGGUGAAGCUGGAGAGUAAUUUCGCCUCCAUCGUGUUUGCCAUCAUGGUCCUGGAAGGCCUGGGCAGGUCACUUGAUCCAAACUUGGACAUCCUGGAAUCGGCCAAACCCCUGCUGCUAAAGAACUGUGCCUCACUGCUCUGACACACACACACACACACACACACACACACACACACAGCUCAAGCACAAUGCAUCACACACAGACAGGCACACACACAUACACAGCUAAUAAGACCCAUAUACUGCAUACAUAGAAUACAUCUAUGGAUACAGCACGUGUGUAUCCUCAUAAUGCCAUGAUGACAGGAUGCAAGAUUCCACAUGGAACACAAGUUAGAUGUCUCAUUUUAGCAGUGCCAUAAAUACCUCAUUUUUACCCUUUUUAAAUUUUAUUUUUUACUGGUUGGCUGUGGUACAAAUAUUCCACCCACCAAAAACCCACUUCAAGGCACCUCUAACAGAGCCUAAUGAACAAGAGAAUCUGCAUUUUACAUGAGGUACCACUUGUUUAUUGAGUGCUAAUGGAGUCAGACACAUCGGCAGACACACAGAGACCAUUUGUAGUGAUUUAAGAUAUAAAAGAAAAUACUGCGAAAAUCCCUCGUUGAUAUUUAAAAGCAUUUUUUUUUUUACUAUUUAAUGACUGAUAUUGAUCUCAGGAUGUCUUUUAUCACUCCAUAUUUUAUUGCAUCUUAGAUAAUGUUGUCUAAUGGAUCAUAUUUGCUUCGGUGUGAAUCACAAUGUACUGUAACAUUUGUUCUUAUGUACACUACAUCGACAAUGUGAAGCCAUUAUUGGCUUAUUGUACUCACAGCUGACCCAUGUCUUUUAACUUUCCAUUACAAUUGUGGCAACACGUGUAUGAAUUAAACAUAUCAAUCAAUAAAAUAAAAAAAAAGGGAAUCUAUGCUAAUUGUUCAUCUUCUUUCCAUUGUUGCCUCUAGUGACCAGUCGUGAGUUUUCUAACCCUUUUUUUUUUUUUAGUGAGGUCGACCGACGCAGCUUCGAAAGCAGACAAUGCUACUACAUCAAGGGCACGGGAUCCAUUAAUUUUUACAAUUUUAUUAAAUCUGUCAAUGAAAAACACAGACAAGAGACGCGAUUCUGUCAAUGUCAUCAGGAAGAACAGUCAGCAUGGCUGAAAGAGUGAGAUCAGGAGGUUUUGGUGCAAAAAAACUCAUCACAUACCCUUUAUUGCAAAACUGUUGAUUUUUUUUUUUUCUUUUAUAUCACCAUCAAGAGCCCAGACAGAGCAGCACUGUUCAAGUAAGGAGGGAGGGGAGAGGUGACAA